CCGUUAUAUUCCUUUGGAAAGCUCUGAACUGACUCUUCAAUGGCGUCUCUUCGCUUCUCUGCUCUAAUUCUAGGGUUUUCUCUCUUGAUUUUUCUAACCACACCUUCUCAUUCACUCACCUGUUCCUCGCAGAAAUUCACGAACAACAAGCUCUACGAGCACUGCAACGACUUGCCCCAACUCAGCUCCUAUCUCCACUGGACCCACGACUCUGCCGCCAAGUCUCUCUCCGUCGCCUUCGUCGCGCCUCCUGCGAAGCCAGACGGCUGGAUCGCCUGGGCCAUAAACCCUACCGGCGCCGGAAUGGUUGGCGCGCAGGCUCUGAUAGCGCUCAAGCAGUCGAACGGAUCAAUGACGGUGAAGACCUUCAAUGUGAGCUCGUACAAGUCGAUUGUGGAGUCGAAGCUUUCGUUCGACGUGAUGGAGAUGAGCGCCGAUUACUCGGACGGGCUGAUGAGGAUAUUCGCUACGGUGGCGCUGCCGGACGCGGCGGCGACGACGUUAAGCCAGGUUUGGCAAGUUGGGGGUUCUGUUACGGCUGGUUUUCCGGACAGGCAUGAGUUUCAGCCCGCGAAUCUGAACUCCAAAGGAACCCUAGAUUUGUUGAAAGGACAGAGUAAUAGUGCUACCGGAGGUGACUCAAGGAUGAAGAAGAAAAAUAUUCAUGGAAUAUUGAAUGCUGUGAGUUGGGGAAUUAUGUUUCCGGUGGGAAUAAUAAUCGCGAGGUAUUUGAGAACUUUCCAGUCUGCAGAUCCACUAUGGUUUUAUCUUCAUGUUUUCUGCCAAUUUUCUGGCUAUGUUAUUGGGGUUGCUGGCUGGGGAACUGGACUUAAGCUCGGAAGUGAAUCCAAGGGGGUCCAGUACACCGGUCAUCGAAAUAUCGGGAUUGCACUCUUCUCUCUCGCAACCAUUCAAGUUUUUGCUUUGUUACUGAGACCGAAGAAGGAUCACAAGCUCCGAUUUUACUGGAAUAUAUACCACCAUGGCGUCGGAUACGCCAUCCUAGUCCUUGGCAUCAUCAAUGUGUUCAAAGGGCUAGAGAUGUUGCAUCCUGCACAGAAGUGGAAAUCAGCUUACAUUGUUGUGAUCUCUGUGUUGGGUGGGAUUGCUCUGUUGUUGGAAGCAAUUACCUGGAUUGUAGUUUUGAGGAGGAAGUCCAGCAAGUCCACCAAGCCCUAUGAUGGAUUCACCAAUGGACAGGGCAGGCAACAGCCCCUUGCGCCGUGAUCAACUGUGAUUGGCGUCGAGUCUCUGCACGUCAGAAUCCGAUUCUGUAUCAUCAUCAUCCCCUUUCCAUAGGCUGUUCGAGAUUCCACAAUGUUAUAUCCAUUCAGUGGACUUGUUUUACUUCUGUUUUGUUCAUCAUCUGUAUAAUUGCUUGUGUUACACUUUGGAUAUCCCUUUAGUAUCUAUAAUAGAAAUCAAUCAGUUCUUCAGUUG